CACAAUUCUUUCUUUGUUGUUGUGUGGUUGAUCUCUCUCUCUCUCUCUCUAAACAGGAGACCUUCUCAGUCGUAUCUGUUUCGAUCUCUGCUACACAAACUACCACUAAAUACGUAUAUUAUACAGUCUUCUGUAUUUUUCCGAGCUUAUGUAUCUAGCAAUAGGCAGUAGUUGAACAGAACAUGUAAAAACAGUAUGGAAUAUCAAAUAGUCACUUGUGCAUAUAAGCUUUUACGUUUCAAUAUCACUGCAUAUUCGUUUGUAUUGUCUCAGGAUUUCAAGUUUUUUUUCGCGGCGAAGUCAUUGGCAAAGAGUAAUUCAUGUGUUUGAAGCAACAAAGCCAGGUUUUUGGGCUAAUUUGACCGGGAAUCCUUUGCUCUUUUGAGGCUCUGGAUUUGAGCUAUGGCGUCAGAUAAUGGGGCCAAAUCGAGUUCUCCCUGUUUGAAGAAUUUCAAGCUCUACGAGACUCGUUCGAAUUUCUACAUGAUUGGGUGGGAAAAGAGCAGAAAAAUUUGGAGAGUCUUGAAGAUUGAUAGAUUAGAGCCUUCUGAGCUGAACAUUCUUGAAGAUUCUGCUACAUACUCUGAAGUUGAAUGCUCUGACCUGCUUAGACGAGUACAUGAAGGAAACAAGUCAACGGGUGGGCUAAAAUUUGUCACCAUUUAUUACGGAAUUGUUGGCUUCAUAAAAUUCUUGGGUGCAUACUACAUGCUGCUUAUAACAAAAAGAAGGAAGAUUGGCACAAUCAGUGGGCAUGCAAUAUACGCCAUUACCAAGAAAGAGAUGAUUCCAAUUCCGCAUUCUACUAUUCGAGCAAAUAUGGGUUAUUCUAAGAAUGAGAACAGAUACAAGAAGCUUCUACAAUCAGUGGAUCUUACAAAGGACUUUUUCUUUAGCUACUCCUAUCAUGUCAUGCAUAGUGUUCAGAAGAACUUAUGUCAUCACGAGGCUGGACAAGUCCUUUACGAAAACAUGUUUGUCUGGAAUGAGUUUUUGACUCGUGGAAUCCGGAAUCACCUCAAAAAUACUUUGUGGACUAUAGCGUUGGUAUAUGGCUUCUUCAAACAGGUCAAACUUUCAGUGUCUGGGAGGGACUUCAAGCUGACACUCAUUGCUCGACGAUCACGUCAUUAUGCUGGAACCAGAUAUUUGAAACGAGGUGUAAAUGAGAAGGGCCGAGUAGCUAAUGAUGUCGAGACAGAACAGAUUGUGUGUGAAGAUGCUCCUGAAGGGUGCCUGAUGCAAAUAAGUGCUGUUGUGCAGAACCGAGGUUCAAUACCGCUUUUCUGGUCACAGGAAACUUCAAGAUUGAAUAUUAAACCAGAGAUCAUAUUAUCAAAGAAGGACCAUGAGUACCAUGCCACUAGACUUCACUUUGAGAAUCUUGUCAAGCGAUAUGGAAAUCCAAUUAUUGUGUUGAGUUUGAUAAAGACUCGUGAGAAGAAGCCUCGUGAAUCUAUUUUGCGGGCAGAGUUUGCCAAUGCAAUUGCUUUCAUUAAUAAAGACUUAACGGAGGAGAAUCGCUUGAAGUUCCGUCACUGGGAUCUGAGCAAAUACUCUAAAAGUAAAUCAACAGAUGUGCUGUCGCGUUUACACAAAGUGACUGCAGAUGCAUUGAACUUAACAGGCUUCUUUUAUUGUCAAGUAGCAGCACCUUCAUGCACUAAUGGAUUACUAAAUUUGUCAUUCUUUGAGAACAGUGAAAAAGGUGAUUGCUGUAUUCAGAACCUUUGUCAUAUUCCAAAGGAUGCUGACAGGGAAACGAGACAUGACAGUAGUGGCCUAGAUGCGGCUGGAAAUCACAUUGUCAAGCCUCCGAUGUUUCAAAGUGGGGUCCUAAGGACCAAUUGCAUAGACUGUUUAGAUCGCACAAAUGUUGCUCAAUAUGCUUAUGGGUUGGUUGCACUUGGGUAUCAGCUCCGUGCUUUGGGUUUCAUAGAAAGCCCAAAUAUUGACCGGGAUUCCCUUUUGGGGGCGGAUUUAAUGAAGCUCUAUGAGACAAUGGGUAACACACUUGCACUGCAAUAUGGUGGAUCCGUAGCACACAAUAAGAUAUUCUCGGAGAGCAGAGGUCAGUGGAAAGCGGCUACUCAAUCCCAAGAGUUCUUCACAAAUCUACAGCGAUACUACAAUAAUGCCUAUGUGGAUCCUGAAAAGCAAGACGCCAUCAAUGUGUUUUUGGGCCAUUUCCAGCCGUGUCAGGGUAAGCCAGCUCUUUGGGAGAUGGAUUCAGACCAGCAUUACAGUAUUGGAAGGCUUAGUUUUAAUUUUGCAGAUGAAAGUUCAAGGUCAAUUUUAAAGAGGUCUCUAUCGGAGGGCAACAUCCUUUCUGAAAACAACUCACCUAUGGAAGCCACUGAUGUUGGACAGAAGGAAGAUAACUACAAUCCUUUGCCUGAUAUGACACAAGGUGGUGAAAGGGGCCUUUCAGAGUCAACACCAGAAAUUUCAACUGGUGAAAGAGAACUAUCUUAUCCCAGGUAUACUCCCUCAGUAUCUUCUCUGAGGAUUUUUCCACAGCUGGACCGAUAUCUAGAAGGUGAUCCUAUCCAUCUAAAUGAACAUCGGGAUUCAUCAAACUGUUCCAAUUUUUUUGACGAAGAUUGGCUUUCUUCAUCUGAAAAUUCAAGUGAAGAAGAAGCAUAUGAAAGAUCUACACUCAUAAAAGCCGGCAUGUCGUGGAAUAGUGUCUUAACUGGACUUGAGACGGAAUCAAGUGCUUCUGCUAGUGCAUCUGGGUCCAGCAUGAAGAACUCAGAGAUUCUUGCCGGAUUUUCCGAUAGCUUCGUGCAAUGGGUUACUAACGGAGAGACGAUGUUCCACUGAUGUUUUGCUCAAAGAUUUUUAUUUCUUGCCAACAACAUAUCAUUCAAUCUACCCCCGUCCGAAGGAUGCGUGUGGAUUUCUCAACAGAAUAUAUAUUACACGAGAAAAAUCGGCCAUAACAUGUUCAAAUCUUGUACAUUUGCAGCAUUUAACCUUAUCAUUGACUGAGUAGACAGCAAUGGCUAAUUGGUUUCUUUCGAGUUUAUUUCGACCUUGUAAAUAUUUAGUUGCACUGAUUACAAUUUUCCUCUGCAUUAACUUAAAAUUGUUCACCUCGAAGUGUAAUAACCUUGUUCUAAUUAUGUCUUAUGUAAGCACUGCAGUAAUAUUAAAAGGUUCAUGCUAUCA